AUGGAAACCCUGAGUCUGUCCGUCGAUAGACAAACCGUUGAUGACCUGAUACAUACUCAGCUUCAAUUUUUCCAAGAAUCUCCUUAUGGACGCGACAACGAUAUCCCCUUCUUCGUCGCCGACGCUGCAGAAGUCAUUCAGCGGCAUCAAAGAUGGAAAAUGGCAUUGCCUCAUAUCCAUCCGUUCUACGCUGUCAAAUGCAACCCGGACGAGAAGCUCCUGGAAAUGCUGGCUAAUAUGGGCGUGAACUUUGACUGCGCAUCCCUUCUGGAAAUUGAGCAGGUCCUGAAAAUGGGGGUCGAUCCAGGUCGCAUCAUCUUCGCUCAUCCCUGCAAGUCUCCAUCUGCGCUGGAUACAGCUGCAAGACGAGGAGUCCGGUGGACUACCUUCGAUAACGCUGACGAGUUAGACAAGAUACAGAAAAUAAGUCCCAAGAUGGAGCUGUUACUACGUAUCUAUGUUCGAGAUUUUGGCUCGAAAACUCCGUUAGGUACCAAAUUCGGUGCCUCCAUGAAAGUUACACGAGCAUUGCUCGAGAAGGCUCAUCUGUUGAAAUUGAAGAUUGUGGGGGUUAGCUUUCAUAUUGGUUCUGGAUCAUCGGAUCCAAAUGCCUUUGUUACAGCGGUCCACGACGCUAGGCGCGUCUUCGAGAAUGGCAAAGUACUAGGAUUCAACAUGUACAUGCUAGACGUCGGAGGUGGGUUCGAAGAUGAAAGUUUUGAGGCCAUGGCAUGUUCCUUACGUGAGGAAAUUACCCGUGAAUUUCCCGGUCCGAUGACUUUCAUCGCCGAACCAGGACGAUUCUAUGCCAACGGAUUUUACACCAUGGUCUGUCAAGUUAUUGCGCGUCGAGUUCAGACAAACACGGAGGAUUAUAAGCUACCGGACAUGCUGUAUCUGAAUGACGGUAUCUAUGGAUGUUUCAGUCUACUUUGGAGCGAGAAUGCGACCUUUGUCCCAACUUUGAUAUCACCGCAAGGCAAAUCGAAAGUAAUCCCACGCAAAUUAGCUCCUCACCGAUAUUCCAUAUGGGGUCCAACUUGCGAUGGAAUUGAUUGCAUAUCUAAGGAGGUGGUAAUGGACCAGGAGAUUAUGAUCGGAGAUUGGUUGAAGUUUCAGAACAUGGGAGCAUAUUCCAUCUCAGCUUCCUCUAAGUUCAAUGGGUUCUCAAAUGACUACAAAGUCAUCUAUGCAGAGUAA